AUGAAAGGUUUAAAAACUGAAGAUGGUAAUUCAAGUUUAGCUAUAUUUAUCAUUUUAUGUGGAGUAUUGAUAGUUUUAUCAGUGUUAUGUUACAAAGAGAAUCAAAAGAUUAGACUAUAUGACAGUGAUACCAAUGAACAAGGUAAUGAUAGUAAUAAGAAUAUAACAGCAGUCGACGGAACUUAUAGAAUGUUACAGGUUUAG